AUGAUGCUUUGCCGAGGAGAUUCGCUCCACCAGCUCCUGAUUGUCGUCCUGAUUGGAACGAUGCUUCAAUCAGCUGAAGCAAUGGCAUCUCGAAUGAACCCCAACAACAGAUUGUUGCCGCCACAGCAACAACAGCAUAUGACCACCUUGUCCCCGUCCCAGCCUCGCAACCCAACUUUCAUUACGAGCCGACAACUCGCUCCACAAUCUGCCCAGCACAACGAGAAAGUCAGCAGCGCACGGAAAUCUCCUCUAUUUAGUGCCAACCCUGCUGCUGCUGUCACAACCGCGGCGGCCACAAUCCCCGCGACCAGCGUAGCGAUCCCAUUGAAGAAACGACUUUUGUCCAUUCGAGGCGGGGCUGCUACUGCCGGGUUUGCUGUCAAGGGUUUUAUCCAGAGCAUCCUCGAUGAUGUAGCAGCUUCCAAAACCAAGAGUUGGAUUGUUUUGGUGUGCGCCAUUCUUUUGGAGACAUGUGCUUCCACCCUGUCCAAGAGAGCAAGAGACACCGCAAAUGUUGGGCUUUUUGGCAUUUCUGUAUGCUUGAAUCUGAUCAGUCUGUGUGGCUUUUGCACAUGUUUGGCCAAAUUGGAUGUUGGUGUUGCUUAUGCCGUCUGGGCAGCGCUAGGAACGGUGAUUGUUACCACUGCUGGAAUCUUCUUUUUCAAUGAAGCCAUGGAUCCCAUCAAGUUGGUGAGCCUUCUGCUCGUCAUUGUUGGUGUAGUUGGUCUCAACUUGAGCGAUGGUCACUAG